AUGGAGGAGCAAGGCAAGAUUAAUAAAGAUACUGUCACUAAGUUCAAGGCUAUGGACAAGAUUUUGAAUAACAUUGAUAGCAAGGUGACAGAGGUCGAAAGUUUGAACCACCAAGUGAUGAACAUGAUGAAGAUGCUGGAGACUCAAGUAACACAAUUAGAUGGGCAUUUUACAAGCAAUGAAGGGAAGUUGCCGGGACAAUCGAGGAAUCAAGAGUCAGCUAAAGCUACUCAAACUCCCUCAAGAAAGAAAAUAGAAGAUCCAGAACGUUCGAUGGGAGCUAGGAAGCCUAAACCAGCUUCUAAAGUAGAGAUGACUUCAAAGGAGAAGACACCUACCCCAGCACCGGAGAUUGAAAUGAAAGAGCCAAAGUCGAACAUCAAUAUGCCACUACUGGAUGCUCUACAAGUUCCAACCUACGCUUGCUACUUCAAGGAUAUACUGAUGAACAAGCGAGAGAUCUCGCAGUUCACUACAGACCACAUCAAGAUGACAAAAGAGUGCAGUGCUACAAUCGUUAAUCCAGCUGCCGAGAAGAAAAGAGAUUCUGGAUGUCUGACCAUCCCGUGUUCAAUUGGAGCACUGAUGUUCGAAAGGGCAUUAUGUGAUCUUGGCGCAAGUGUGAGCGUCAUGCCUAAAGCUGUGUUCGAGAAGCUACGCCUGCCGAAGCCGAACCAACUGCCAUGCAUUACUGAAGAUGUACCUAUGAAGACUGGGAAUCACUUUUUCUCUAUUGACUUCUUGGUACUCAAGAUGGGAGAAGGAGCUAAAUCCCCACUCAUCCAGGGAAGGCCGUUCUUGAAGACCGCAAAAGCAAACAUAGAUAUUGGGAAGGGUGAGAUCAAGUUCAAUAUUAAUGGCACUAUAAGUGCAUUCAAGUUUCGCCCAAGCUUUGAGGAGGAGAAGAACAAGAAGGCAGAAGAAAAGAAGCCAGCAGAAGUUGCUGUCAUCCAAAAGAAGGAAGAACGCCAGCUUGUGAAGACCAAAAAGAUAGCCAAGCCUAUGCCUACAUUGAAGUUGAAGAUGGUGAAGAAGUGGGUGCCAAAGACUUUUGAUGAGCCGCAUGGAAUUCCAGAAGCUGUGCCACAACCUUCGAGGAGAGCAACUCGCUCUCAGAGUAGGUACGCCGAGAAGAUGUCUAUAUAUGGCUUCACCAUAAAGAGAAAGGAAGAAGAGGAAAGGCUAAAUAAAAUUGAAGGAAGACUUGUUGCCAACCAUGAUUUCGACGAUGAUUUUCUUUAG